CUAUCCUUGGCAGACCACCGAGGUUAGUUUUUUGCUGUUUGUCGAGCUUUGAAGAUGUCUGGUCGCGGCAAAGGCGGAAAAGGCUUGGGCAAAGGGGGAGCGAAAAGACACCGGAAGGUCCUCCGUGAUAACAUCCAAGGCAUCACGAAGCCGGCUAUCCGGCGUUUGGCUCGCCGCGGAGGCGUGAAGCGAAUUUCUGGCUUGAUCUACGAAGAGACGCGUGGGGUGUUGAAGGUCUUUCUGGAGAACGUGAUCCGCGAUGCCGUGACUUACACCGAGCACGCCAAGCGGAAGACCGUGACGGCCAUGGACGUGGUGUACGCGCUGAAACGCCAAGGUCGUACUUUGUACGGCUUUGGGGGCUAAUUCUAGACAAAAAAAGACAACAAAACAACGGUCCUUUUAAGGGCCACCCACAAUUUCAGAAAAAGAGUUGUAGCGUAUAUAUAUAAAAAAAUCACCUUAAUAUAAUAUUUCUUAGUGGAAAUAACGACUUAUUUGGUAAAAACUACUUGGUCGAGUAAAAUGGCUGGCUAUGUAAAUAA